GAGCAUGCUGCUCAACUCUUACCACUGCGCGUCUUCAUGUCUUUUGAUGCUCUUCUAAUUUUGGACAACUAUCUAACAUACCUCGCUCUUCAGUCAAUUUUUUUCUCAGCGAAUAUAAUAUCGAACUUAACUCAACUAUUAUUCAAAAAGUAAGCACUCAUCAAUGGUUUCUAAGAGAGUAGCUCUCUGUACGGCUUCAGUGCUGUUACUGGUUCUCAGUUUUGUCUGCUCCUGUUUCGCCCACUCAAAUUAUGGGUUUGAAGAGGGCAGUGAGCACGGGGGACUGUGGAAGCGUUGUCACCGCACUCAUGACGUCACCGGAUGCAGCAAUCACGAUUCGAGGAUGCUGCGUGGCGCCAGGGCCUUCAUUGUGCUGGACCAUCUCGUGUUUCUCUUCCUGAUUAUCUUCCUCAUCAUAUUCGUCUUCAAACAAUUCGCCGUCCUCGCAAUAAUUGUCUCAGCAUUCUCUCUUCUCCACGUAAUAUUUAUCGCAAUUGGCUGUUCCGUUAUGACGGCCGAAUUCAGAAGCCAGAGUUUGAACAUCAGUUGGGGCGUCGGUUUGUCAUGGCUGUCUUGGGUGCUCACGAUUCCGGUGUUCGCUAUCAAUUCUGCCCUGACCGUAAUAGCAUUGCGCAACCACAGAGAGAAAAGGAAGCAAAAGAAAGUCAAUAAAGACAGAAAAAGUUCCAGAACAGCUUAUAAGAAUUCGAGAAAUCCUAAACGAGUUCCCGAUUCGAAAAGCACAACCAGUCUUUCCGAGAUAUCUGCAGAAUCUAAAGAGUCGACCGUUGUCACUGAGACGGCAGAAGUUUCCGAGAUCGAAACAGUUCCGUUUGAUGACGAUGACAAGCCCUGUUAUUCCGGAUCAUUGGCUCAAAAACUAGGAAUGAUGCGAAAAACAAGCGUAAUUGAACAUGGCGAGGUAAAUGGAACGUAUUCAGAUGAUGAAUGACACAUUCUUUGUCACAAAUUUGUUGAUUUAGUUUUUAGUGUCUUUAAAAUUUAUAAUUGCGAUCGCUGA